AUGGUGUCCAGCGGGGUUGGCGUGAGCGCCGCAGCCGGGGCAGGCGACGGCACAGACAUGCCGGACAACGUGUGUGACUGGCUUCGGGGUGUCUACCACUUCGCCACCGAUCGGAACGACUUCUGGAGGAACUUGAUCCUUAAUUUGGGACUUUUUGCUGCUGGAGUUUGGCUGGCCAGGAACUUGAGCGACAAUGAUUUAAUGGCACCUCAGCCUGGGUGUAACCAAGAGGCACAUGGAAUCCCUGUAGAACCUUCCAAAGACAGCUCUACUCUGGAUUUCCUGAUGGCAGCUGAUGUGAUUCAGAGGGACCUUCCCAAUUUCCUCCUCUUCCACGAGUCCAGUCAGAACUCCCUCCUCUUGGCAGCAUUCAGGCUUCAGCUGCGGUGUUAACCUGUCUUGUGAAGUUCUGUAAUGGUCCCCAAGUUUCUGGAGGGGUGCACUUUGAUCUGAUCUUGGAUCUUAUGUAUGGUAUUUAAACAAUAUUUGAAAUAAAGACUGCA